CGGACUGAGCACAGAUACAAAAUUUUCAGUAAAUUAGAAAAAAAUCUCUAUAAACAGGAAAAAACGAAAAAUUCAGAUUUUACAAAAUUAUUAGUAAACAGCGUUCGAAGUAUUUUUAAUUUUUUUAGACUAACGUGCGCAGUAAUACUGAAUCGAAAUGCCUUCAUAUCGCGACUUCUGUUUGGCCAGAGCGACCACCCGCUUGCUCACAUAUGAGCGCGUCGCGAUUCCUCGGAUUAUCCGGACUUACACGUCCAAGUGUAAAAAGCCCAAGGGAGUGGUCGUAGGUGUCUAUUUGAAGGAAGGCGACAAGCCGGCCAAGAUGACUGGUAGCGGUAUGGCUAUGGAUGAUGCAAUGGGCGGCAAGAUGGGCCAACUAAUCCGGGAGCGCGGCUUAGAUGGCACGCCCGGAAAGGGUCUGUUGUUCAGUGGACUAGAGGGCGAAUACAAUGCUGUUGCCGUAGUGGGAGUGGGCGCGUCAAACGCUUCCUACAAUGAGUUGGAGGAGCUUGACGAGGGCAUGGAGAAUGUGCGCAUUGCUGCUGCCACUGGCGCACGAGCUCUGCAGCUGCAACGGAUGGAUGAGGUUCACGUAGAUGGCAUGGACUAUCCGGAGCAGGCGGCCGAGGGUGCUGCCUUGGCCGUGUGGCGGUACAACGCGAACAAGCGCAAAAAGUACCGCCUGCCCACUCCGAAGCUGGACAUGUAUGGCAGUGGCGAUCACGAUGCAUGGGUGCGCGGCCUCUUCAAGGCUGAAUCACAGAAUCUGGCGCGGCGUCUCAGCGACACGCCAGCCAAUCAGAUGACGCCCUCCAUUUUUGCGCAGGCAGCAGUGGACGCGCUCUGUCCCUGCGGCGUCAGCGUGGAGGUGCGCUCCAUGGACUGGAUCGAGGACAUGAAUCUGAAUUCAUUUCUGAUGAUUGCCAAGGGCUCCUGCGAGCCGCCCCUACUGCUAGAGUGCUCCUACUGCGGCACUUCGCCCGAGGACAAGCCCGUGCUGCUGCUGGGCCAGGGCAUCACCUUCAACAGCGGCGGCCUGUGCCUGAAACCCAAGAAGGGCAUGGACGUGUACAGGGGCUGCAUGGCGGGUGCUGCCGUUUGCGUGGGGGUGUUGCGUGCCGCCGCAGCCCUAUCGCUGCCCUUGAACAUAUCAGCGGUGUUACCUCUAUGCGAACACAUGCCCUCUGGUAUGGCGGUCAAGUGCGGCGAUGUGGUCACCCUGCUGAAUGGCGUCACCAUGGGUAUCAAAGAUGUCGGCAAGGCGCCUGUGGUCAUGCUAGCAGAUCCACUGCUCUAUGCGCAGGCCACUUACAAGCCGAAGCUGCUCAUAGACGUGGGAACGGUGGCGAGAGGCGUGGAUCAUGGUCUAGGUGGCAGCGCAACUGGUCUGUGGACCAACUCCAAAUAUGUUUACAAUCACUUCCGCAAGGCCGGCGCACUCACGGGCGAUCGUGUGUGGCGCAUGCCGCUCUUCCGCUACUUCAGAGAGAUUGUGACCAAGAACACCACUUACGAUCUCAGCAACACCGGACGCGGACCGGCCUCGUCUUGUCUGGCGGCCGCCGUUCUCCAUACCUUGGUGCCUUGCAUUGACUGGGCACAUUUGGAUAUUCGCGGCACAGGCAUGGUGACCAAGAUUAAUACCUUGCCAUAUCUGCUGAAGGAACGCAUGACCGGCCGUCCCACGCGUACCAUCAUCCAGUUCAUGUACCAGAUGGCCUGUGGCCAGAACUAGGGCUUUUUUUGAUGGGUCCGCUCAUCAACAAUCCCAGACGAUCAACAUCCUCUUGGUAGUUUCAUAUGUCCUCGUAGUUCAAAUGGACUUAUGCGCGUUUCCAUAUUUGAGAUCUGUUGCAAUCAGUAACUUUGUUUUGGCCCCGCUAUGAAUAAAUGUGGAAAUUUGUGCAA